AUGGACACCACGAACGAGUCCAUAAACUGGAGGCAGAGAUCAGCCUCCACCGAAUCAUCCACAGAGCCAGAGCGUCCACUCACAACUCACACUCAAACGCAUCCGCAGUCCACGCUAAACUCCGCAUCUGAGCGCGCUUCACUCGCUUCUACGCCAGACUCUCCCUACUCAACAACAGGCUCCUCGCCGAGUGCUUCUUCGCUGCAACCACCGUCUCGCCGCGCACCGAGUUCACCUCCCGCUGCAUCUUCCUCUUCGAAACAUCUCAAGACGCCCUACCCGAUACCUUCCCGCGACGCACGAUACGGACCUCCCGACAAACGUAUCGAAAGUUCGAAAAUGCCUUCUGCACCGGGCUACGGCGACUCAUGGGCGAGGCACGACUCCCAGCAGCACGCGUACCCCAUCACGAACCCGGGUGCUCAGCCUUCUCAACCUACUGCAAUGGGCAGGCGCGCAUCGUACUUUAGCGCGAACGAUGAUGGUCGUCCACGCUCGUCGGGCUCGUCGCUCGCCUCUUCUAGUCUUCGCGGCGCGAUGGGCGACAUGACCAUGUCUGGUCCUCAUCCCGUCGCUUCCGGCUCGUCCUCGCCACCUAGUGAUCCGCCUCAGCAUCGAUCGUCCGGCGCAGCGUACAAUAUGGCAUCCGGAAUGACACCUUGGACUCAGGCCGCGGCAGGCGCUGAGUACGCUGACCAGCAAACGCUAUCAUCAGCUGGUUACGAGCUGGCUACGCAACAAGAUCUGACCUACGCUGGCAUGCACUCCUCGCCUAAUACGUCCCCGCACACGCCGUAUCAUCACCCAGACUAUGUCUCCUAUCACUCAUCGGCGGCUCAUGCUCAACAGCAGAUACCCCUGCAAGCCGCCCAGCACGCACAUGCCACGCCUCAGCUCGUACAGUCAACACCGCCGAUGGCAUAUCAGCAGCAGCAAUACCAGUACGCCUAUUCGCAAUCGCCUCCGCGAUCAGGAUCAAGCAUGGCGGCUCCUACUACGCACUCGGCCUCGCAGAUCUCAACAUCACCGCUACAGUCCUCGCGGCCGCAUACACAAUCGAAUCCUUCCAGCGAAGAGAUGCGCGCCCUGCGCAUGCGUAUGCGCGAACUUGAGAUGGCGAACGAGGCCGCGCAGAGAAGGAUCCGCGAGCUAGAGGCGCAACUUGCAAACGCAAAUACGGCCUCGCAGUCUUCCUCCGCGGCGUCCGGUUCCUCGCGUGCUUCAGCGCGCGCUCAAUCUCGCGUCCCGCCAGGUGCGGGUCGGGAUACUGAGAUGGCCGUCGCGUCGACCUCGGCAGGACCGAUCGGUUCGACCGGAGAUUUCGCCGCGUCUUGGAAGGCGCGGUACGACGCGCGUGUUAAACUCUUCUGCUCACUCAAUCGUGCGGGCAACGCGCUGUGCGCUUGGCACGACUCGCGACGCGAACGGCGCGCGUAUCCACCGCGCAUGGCACCGCCGGGCACACUGAACUGCGGGUGCACCUUCGACGAGGCGCUCUUUGAGGAGAGCUUGGCGCGGCACGGAGUGGGUAGCUACCAUCCCGGUGAAAAUGUGCGGAUGGAUCCUGCGCUGAGGAACCCUCUGCUGGGCCUGUUAGAAGAGCGAUUCGGGUAUCGCGACGGGGACUUCGAGCGGGACAGCCAAUCGGGUGAAUGGGUCGAGGGCGAGGGGCAUGAAGUUUGGGAGACCAAGGCCGCGGCUGGUCAGGCCGCGGCGCGCAAGCGCUGA